AUGCUCAUUUUGAUUUUCUACUUGUUGCUUCUGAAAAUUCCACUUUUCAUGGUCAGGUUCAUUAAUCCCAGGUGUUUUUGGAAAAUGAAGCAGAAUGAAGACAAGGAUGGAGACUUGAAGACAGGUUAUUUCUUCUUCCCCAGGGCAGUACAGGGCCCAGUGGAGAAAGAGUAUUUCCAGAAUAUGUUCAAUACACAAACACCAGCUGAGAAGUGCAAGUUUACACUGGCCUUGGCUUUUACCAUGGAUGAGGUCAACAGGAAUCCUGAUCUAUUACCAAAUAAAUCUUUAGUAUUUGAUUUCUCAGCAGAUAAUUUUGUAAGGGUGUCUCAAUUGUACACUCCUAUUCCAACUUUGAAACAAGAUCCUAAUAUUUUGCCUAACUAUGAGUGUAAGAAAGGUAUGACGUGUAAUGUGAUGCUUACAGGACCAAACUGGAAAACAUCUAUGAUGCUUGGGACAUUCAUGGACCUCCACAAAACACAAAGGGCCAUUCACCUUACAUAUGGAUCCUUCCAUCCACUCCUGAGUGAUUAUGAACAAUUUCACUAUCUGUAUCAGAUGGCCCCCAGGGACACAUCUCUAGCCUUGGCCAUGGUGUCUAUCAUAAUUUACUUCCGCUGGAACUGGAUAGGGCUGGUCAUCUCUGACAAUGAUCAGGGCACUCAGUUUCUCUUAUAUUUGAGAAGAGAGAUGGAAAAAAAUACAGUCUGCUUUGCCUUUGUAAAUAUGAUUCCAAUCAGCAUGCAGUUAUACAUGUCAAGAGUUGAACUGUAUUAUAACCGUAUCAAGACAUCAUCCACAAAUGUUGUUAUCAUUUAUGGUGACACAGACAGUACUCUUGCUGUGAGCUUUCGAAUGUGGAAGUCCAGAGGUUUACAGAGAAUAUGGGUCAUCACCUCACAGUGGGAUGUGACUACAAGUAAAAGAGACUUCAUGCUUGACUCAUCACAUAUGACUCUAGCUUUUGCACACCAUCAUGGUGAGAUUUCCGGUUUUAAGAAUUUUGUCCAGACAAUGAACCCUCUCAGAUACACAGAUGAAUACCUUGCAAGGCGGGAGUGGAUGAACUUUAACUGUGAAGUCUCUGUUUCCAAGUAUAUGACACUGAAGAACUACUCACUAAAUGCCUCUAUGGAAUGGUUAGUGGUACAAACUUUUGACAUGGACUUUAAUGAUGGCAGUUAUGACAUAUACAAUGCUGUGUAUGCGCUGGCCCAUGCACUGCAUGAGAUGGAUCUUCAACAAGUAGAUGGGAACAGACAUGAUUCUAGGUGCUCGAAGCUGAACUCAUUUCUGAAGAAGAUCAACUUCACUAAUCCUGUUGGAGACAGAGUAAAUAUGAACCAAAAAGAAAAACUUCAGGAAGAAUAUGACAUUUUCCAGAUCUGGAAUUUCCAUCAUGGUAUUAGAUUUAAGGUGAAGGUAGGAAAGUAUAGCCCAUAUUUCCCACAUGGUCAACAGCUCCAUGUAUAUGAAGACAUGAUAGAGUGGGCCACAAGAAAUAGACAGAUGCCACCCUCUGUAUGCAGUGCAGAUUGCAGUCCUGGAUUCAGAAAAUUCUGGCAGGAGGGAAUGGCAGUCUGCUGUUUUAAAUGCAUCCCCUGCUCAGAAAAUGAAAUUUCUAAUGAGACAAAUGUGGAUCAGUGUGUGAAGUGUCCAGAGGACCAGUAUGCCAACAUAGAGCAGAACCAGUGCAUUCACAGAAUGGUGAUAUUUCUGUCCUAUGAAGACCCUUUGGGGAUGGCUCUUGCCUUAAUGGCCUUGUGCUUCUCUGCAUUCACAGCUCUGGUUCUUGGAGUCUUUGUCAAGCAUCAUGACACUCCCAUUGUGAAGGCCAAUAACCGGAAGCUAAGUUACAUCUUGCUCAUCUCACUCUUCUUUUGUUUCCUCUGCCCUCUGCUCUUCAUUGGCCGUCCAAACUCAGCUACAUGCAUGCUGCAGCAAAUCACAUUUGGAGUUGUAUUCACUGUGGCUGUUUCCACUGUGUUGGCCAAAACAGUUACUGUGCUUCUGGCUUUCAAAGUCACCGUCCCUGGAAGAAUGAGAUACUUCCUGGUUUCGGGGACACCUAACUACAUCAUUGCCAUCUGUACUCUGAUCCAAGUCAUUAUCUGUUCAGUCUGGUUGGGAGCUUCUCCUCCCUCUGUUAAUGUUGAUGCACAAUCUGAGCAUGGCCACAUCAUCAUUGUCUGCAGCAAGGGUUCAGUCACUGCCUUCUACUGUGUCCUGGGAUACCUGGGCUGCCUGGCUCAGGUGAGCUUCACUGUGGCUUUCUUGUCCAGGAAUCUUCCUAACACAUUCAAUGAAGCCAAGUUCUUGACAUUCAGCAUGCUGUUGUUCUGCUGUGUCUGGAUCACUUUCCUCCCUGUGUACCAUAGCACCAAGGGUAAAGUCAUGGUAGCUGUGGAAAUUUUCUCCAUCUUGGCUUCCAGUGCUGGGAUGCUGGGAUGCAUCUUUGUUCCCAAGUGCUACAUAAUUUUAUUAAGACCCCAAGAAAAAUGUCUUCAAAAUAUCAGGGUAAAAUCAUCUUGCAGAACUGAUAUUUCUUGA